GCGACCCAAACUUGUUUCAGGAAAAGCGGGCGAAAAUAUUUUCUCUCGCUUGAAGAAACAGGCGCGUCAGUCAAAGGAGAGGGCGUCCCCUUCCUCCUCGCGCUUCCUCCCUCACCUCCGCCCUCCCCGACCGACCGACCGACUUGGCGAAGAAUCUUCGCAAGUUUAUCAGACCGAGUCUCCCGGAAUUAUACAACAACUUGUUUAUAUAUAUAUAACCGUGGGAACUAUCCGCGGAGACAUGGACUGGGGGAACGACCUGUGGGACCAGUAUGAUGUCAUCGACAAACACACCCAAUCAGGGUUGGAGCUCAUGGAACGCUACAUCAAGUUUGUUAAAGAACGCACAGACAUAGAGCAGAGCUACGCCAAGCAGCUACGGAGUCUGACUAAGAGGUACGCAAAGAGAAGCAAAGCAGAGGAGCUGGAGUGCAGGUUCACCAAUCACGCGUCGUUCCAGGACAUUCUGAAUGAGCUGAACGACUACGCAGGCCAGCGAGAGCUGGUGGCUGAGAACCUGGUGACGGGGGUGUGUGUGGACCUCAGCAAGUACCUGCAGGAGCUGAAGACGGAGAGGAAAUCUUAUCUAAUUGAGGCUAAGAAGGCCCAGCAUAGCCUGGAGGCGAGCUUCAAACAGCUGGAGACUAUUAAGAAGCGUUGUGCUAAGGAGUGGGCGGAGGCAGAGAAAGCGUUGCUGCAAGCAGAGAAGAUCGAGCAGGACACCAAUGCUACGAAGGCUGACGUAGAAAAGGUGAAGCAGCACUCCCAUGCCAGGGUGCACUCUGCAGAGGAGUGCCGGAAUGACUAUGCUGCCUACCUGCAGAGAUACAACAAGGAGCAGCAUGGCUUCUACUACACAGACAUCCCUCUGAUGUUCAACAAGCUACAGGACAUGGAUGAGAAGCGUGGCUCCAGACUAGCUGCAGGGUACCUCCAGCUGGCAGAGACAGAGCGCAAUGUCACACCCAUCAUCUCCUGCUGUUUAGACGGCAUCGCCAGCGCAGCGGCCAAAACCAACCCUGCACAGGACUCCAUGCUCCUGGUGGAGCAGCAUAAGUCAGGUUUUGAGCGUCCAGGAGAGGUGGAGUUUGAGGACUACAGCCAGACAGCCAGGGCACCCGAGAGCCUGCAGGGGCCCAGGACCAAGCCCAAACUCUGGCCCUUCAUCAAGAAGAACAAGAUGUCGCAUGGUGAUAAACACAUGGUAACAGUUUCUACGCCCCCCCCUGCAGAGGACUACUCCCACCUCCCUCCAGAGCAGAGAAGGAAGAAGCUGCAGGCCAGGGUUGAUGACGUCACAAAGGACCUGCAGAAGGAGACAGACCAGAGUGAGGCUCUAGAGAAGAUGAAGAGUGUGUACCAGCAGAACCCUGCUCUGGGGGACCCAGCCAGCCUGGAGCCCCAGAUCUCACACACCUCCCAGACCCUCGCCCGGCUGAGGGGGGAGCUGGCCAAGUAUGAGUCGUGGCUGUCAGAAGCUGUUGGAGGAGAGGACUCGACUAGCAACAACAACUACCAGCACAGCACAGUAACUGGAGAUCCCUCCCAGAACAUCUACUCAGAGUUUGAUGACGACUUUGAUGAUCUGGAGGUUCCUGUAGGACAGUGUACCGCCCUCUACUCCUUCGAGGGCUCCAGCGAGGGCACCAUCUCUGUCCAGCAGGGGGAGCAGUUGAGUGUGAUGGAGCAGGAUAAAGGAGACGGCUGGAUCCGUGUACAGAGAGCCAGCGGAGACGAGGGCUACAUCCCCUCCUCCUACACACAGUAACACACACACAUCCAGUAACACACACAGUAACACACACACAUCCAGUAACACACACAGUAACACACCCACACACAGUAACACACACACACAUCCAGUAACACACACAGUAACACACACACAACCUCCUACACACUCUACACUAACACCAGCCAGCAGCACAUGUGCAUCAUGUGACUGCUGUUUGUUUUUGUCUCCAAAAUCACUUUGAAUUGUCAUCCCUCCACCAUUGUGUUCUAGUCUUGUCCUGUUAGGUUCUCCUGUGUGGUUCUUCUGUGUUCUAUGUGGGUUAGGGCUAGGGUGGUUCUGUGUUCAUGUUAGAAGAACCACCACUGUCUUGUUCGAACCUUUCUAGAUUUACCUCCUCACUGCAAACUCCCUCUCUCUCCCCUCCUCCCUCCUUCUCCCCUCUCCCUCCUCUCAAGCAAUCUGCAGAUGAGCUAGGACAUUCUCUGUAUAUUUUUUAGUUUAGAUUUUACUGAUAUAUAAACUGUAAAUGAUAUUUUUAAAACUUGUAUUUACAUAUUAUUGUUUGGAAAUCUGGAAAUAAUUAUUACAUAAACUACGAGAUGUA